GCGUAUCAGAUUGAAAUUUAUUUAUUGAAAUAAAUGAAAAAUAUUUGCCGUACAUAAAGCUUCGUGUGGUAAUUAUGUUCAAUGAACCCGUGUAAUGUUAUCUUCCGACAAGUAAAUCUUCGGUUUGCUUUUAUUGCCUCGGCUUUUUCGUGCGCUAUAAUCAUUAGAGCAUAAAGAAUUAAACUACUGUAAACAAGUAUAUUUUUGUUUAAAAUUGAUUUGUGACCGAUAAGUGAUGUUGUGGCUAGUAUAAAUGAGAAACUGAAGUGAUUGAUGUUCUCACUCUCGAGUAGCGGUGCGGCGAAAAAAUGGCUGAUUUAAUACGUGCCGUGGGGGCGCCGAACGGACCCCCUGUAAUGCUAGGAUCGCCUUCGACGGAGUCUGAGGAUGGUGGCGGCGAUCUGGCAGAGCUGGCAGCGGACCUUGAGUUGGAUGAGGCAGAUGGACCAAGUACUAAUGGUGAACGGCAAGGGGUGCAAGCACCGCCUGAAACUGAAUGGUACCAUGGUCGCUUAGAUCGCUACACCUCUGAGGAGAGGCUGUAUGCUGCUGGCAAACAAGGCAGCUAUUUAGUCCGUGAAAGUGAUCGCAAGCCGGGCUCCUACGUGCUGAGUUACUUAGGACGCACUGGAAUAAAUCACUUCAGAAUAACAGCAGUAUGCGGCGAUUAUUAUAUCGGGGGUCGCCAGUUCGACUCCCUGGCGGAGCUGGUAGGGUUCUACAGCAACUGCUCGGAUUUGCUCAAAAGGGAGCGUUUAGUCGAGCCAGUGGCACCGCCGGAGCCCGUCAACGACAAAAAGAGGGUGGUGGCUAUUUUGCCCUACACAAAGAUGCCGGAUACUGACGAGCUCACCUUCCAAAAGGGGGAUAUUUUCUUCGUACACAACGACAUGGGCGACGGCUGGCUCUGGGUCACCGCUCAUAGGACCGGGGAGCAAGGAAUGAUCUUCCGAGAGCUAGUCGAAGACCUGGACCCAUCUAUUGACCCCAACACCGUUUUCUCCUGGUUCCACCCCAACUGUACUAAGAGCGAAGCUGUAGACAUGCUUGUGAAAGCCGGUCCGGGGAGUUUCCUCGUCCGGCCUUCGGACAACUCUCCCGGAGACUAUUCACUCUUCUUCCAUAUUAACAAUCAGAUACAGAGGUUCAGGAUUGAGAAGAAGGGAGUGCGGUAUCUGAUGGGCGGGAGGACGUUUGAGUGCUUGGAUGCGGUUAUUAAUAGGUACCGGAGAGAGCAGAUUGUGGAGGGACAUACUUUGGGGCAGCCGCUAAUCGCCGAAGGCCACGUGAUCGAACCGCAACAGACCACAACCGGUGCGGCCGCCGAGAAGAUAUACGCGACUCUGCGCGAGUGCCGCGACCAGAUCGGCCUCAAGAAGAUGAAAGGCAUCAAACACCAGGGCUACCUCAACAAGAAGUCAGAUAAGGGCGCUAAGAAGUGGAAGGCACUGUACUUCGUACUCCUACAAGAGGGAACUGACACGCAUCUGUAUUUCUACGACUCUCCAAAACGGACCAAGCCGAAGGGGCUGAUCGAUUUGUCUUGCGCGUAUUUGUACCAGGUUCACGAGUCGCUCUGGGACCGCGCGUUCUGCUUCCAACUGGUAGAGCGGGCUCUACCUUGCCUCUCGACCCACACAUUCCUGGCAGCCAACAGCGCGGCCGACGAGCGCGCGUGGCUCGACGCGCUCCGCCCGCUGUGCGUGCAGCAGGCGCGCCACCAGUGCAAGGUGGCACGCGUAGUGUGGCUCCGCGCUCUCCGCGUGCGGUGCCUGACGGCGCACCGGCUGCCGGCGCGGCUGGCGCCGCGGCCGCACCUGCGCCUGGCGCUGGGCGCGGCGCCCGUGGCGCGCACGAGGCCCAGGCCCUCUCCCGACCCGCACUGGGACGACGAGUUCGUCUUCGAUGACGUGCCUCCAGAUGUGACAUCAUUCACGAUCACCGUUCACAACACAGGAAAAAGGGGCAAAGAAUCUGAGGUAGCAGAGCUAACCAUUGAACUGGCGAACUUAGCCAACGGAGAGGAAAUCGAAGAGUGGUAUCCGCUGGCAGGAAUGACUCCAAUUGGAGAAUGGGGCUCUCUAAGGCUACGUAUUAGGUACAUGCAAGAACUAGUGAUGCCUCGUGAGGAAUAUAAUCCGCUGCGUCAAUUGCUGUUGGAGCCUGGCUUGCCUGCUGUCAAGGCUUUAGCUGACCUAUGCCGUACAGACAGGCAGCCGCUCGCUACAUCGCUCCUGCACGCUUUCACUGAGUGCGGUCGCGGUGCGGAGCUAGCGCGGGAGUUGGCUGGUGCAGAAGUCGCGCGAGAGAGCGACCACCGGACUAUGUUCCGUGGCGCUUCGCUUGCGACCGCCGUCGCCGACGAGUUCAUGCGCGCGCAGUGCAAGCCCUUCCUGCAGGCAGCUAUAUCAGAAACAGUUCAAAAGUUAUCGAAUGAAACCAAGCAGUCCGCAGAACUGAAUCCCACCAAAAUGGACUCGCCUGAAGACGCGUGCGCAAACGCGGAAUAUCUUCUUCAGAUUUUGGACCAGAUAACACACUCAAUAUUCAUGUCGCACGAGACAUGCCCGCGGCCCGUGCGUUACCUGUGCGGCUGCCUGCAGCGCGCUGCGAUGGCCAAGUGGCCUAACGAGAGAUUCGUGCGCACUCGGGUUGUCUCAGGGUUCAUCUUCCUGCGACUGAUCUGCCGGGCGCUGGUGGAGCCGCGCGCGUGGGGGCUGGUGGCGGCGGCGCCGUCGCCGCACGCGCAGCGCUCGCUGGUGAUGGUGGCCAAGUGUCUGCAGAACCUGGCCAAUCUCGUCGAAUUCGGGGCUAAGGAACCUUACAUGGAGGUAGUGAAUCCGUUCAUAUUGAAGAACAAGGAGCGUAUGGUCGUGUUCCUCGACCAGCUGAGCAACAUGCAGGAGCCCGGAAACGCGCCGCCCAACUCUAACAACAAUCUUGACAUUGCUAAAGAGCUAGCCACACUGCACCACAUCUGCGUGUCGCAUCUCGCGGAGCUACAGACGCUAGCCAAGACGCAGCCCGCCAUCAGGAAACUCGUCACCGUCACCGAAAUGCUCACCAAACACAAGCACAAGUACUUGGAGAUGAUCAGAUAGGACGCGUCACGUGACACAGGGUAAAUACUACAAGGCCGAAGAAGCACACGGCACCUCCGGAGAGACUAAACCGACUAAAAGAGUUAGUCGCACAGCAGCGUAGUCAUUAGGUUAGCGUUUAGUUUGCGAGUCUGCAUCCAGUUACGUUCGUGCGUUCUCGUGCAUUUCUCGUGCCAAACUUUUGUAAUCAUAUUUAUUAUCAAUUCUGGUGCCUACUUCAUAAAACGACUAGCCUUGUAAAGCGUUUGAGAUUAUAUGACAUGACGCAUUACGGCUGGUUUUAGUGUUACGCGGCCGACCGCGCGGAGCGAUCCGCACUGGACUAAUAUGUGUUAAUUUCAGGGAGCGUUUUAGAGUGGCGCGGACGACAAUAACAACUUCCGCGUGACACUAAAACCAGCCUAAUUGUUGUAUUAUGAAAUAGGCACCGGAGUGCGUAAUUGUUUAGCUGAUAUGAUUAGUUUAAGCUAGCCAGGCGAAACAGUUGAACGUAGGCACAGUAGCCUAAAUACAAGGCUCAGAAGUUAGCAUUCUUCAAAUUGGUUAAGAAUAUUGAGCGACAUUUUGAUACUCAAAGUUAUGCAAUACAUAUAAGGUUAUUUCUUGCACGUGCUUGCCACGGUAUUUGUGCUUAUAGUUUACAGUAUGAACAUAUAAUUGUAAAAUUUUAUACUUAAUUAGCAACAUUGCUCAUGCGUAACUAGCCCAUUUUCACUAAGUUCACCAUUCAUCAUUGAUAAAAAAUACAUUGGUAUAAAUUUUAAAUCAGAUGAAAGAAAUAUAGUUGAUUUCGUUUUAUGUUUAUAUCGAUCUAAAACAAAAGAAAAGUAACUCUGGCCCAAUAGAAAAUGGGUUGCAUUACAUUGAAGUUAUCACUUAUCAGUAUUAGGGUCGGUUGCCCCAUAUCGUCCGUAACCGAAUUUAGAGUCCGCGAUUUGUUUUGUAUGGGAAUUUGCAUAUGCUUCUGCUGCGUGGACAGUGUGGACACAUCAACGUGUCUCCUGUGGUUGAAGCAACUGACCCUUAGGGUUAGGACCGUGGGUUUUAGGUUAAAAAGGGGUGUAUUUUACUGUUAUCUUAAUCAAAUCACAUAACUUUGAGUAUUUAAAACGUUGUUUCAUAGCGCGAUGAAUAGUUUCGACUUGUUUGCAAACGAAUGCUCUCUAGUAUUUAACGCGUAUUUAUUGGUAGCCGCGUAUUGUAUUGUUGUAGUUAAGUUCAAUAAUCUUAUUAAUGUUUAACAGCGGUAAAUGUACUUGUGUUAUUGAAUUAAGAAUUUCUUGACAAACAAAGUCUCUCGUCCUUAUAUAAUUCUCUUUAGUAAGAACAGACUUCGUUCGGUAAGAACUGUCAGGUUGUUCUAAAACACUUACGGCCCAUCCACGACAUUGGUCUAAGCGCGACAGCGGUGAGCGGCAGCCAUACGUGCGAAUGAAAAGCCCCAUCGCCGUGUCUCGCUCCAAUGUAUGGCCGCCGCUCACCGCUGUCGCGCUUAGCCCAAUGUCGUGGGUGAGUCGUUAGAAGUGUUUAUAAACGAAGUCAACACCAGCAGGUGGAUUAACUAAGAAAGUCUCAAAUAGAGGGGUCAGAAAAAACAUCGCUCAUAAUUUUAGAAAACUGCAACAUACUAUGAAAACUGCCUUAUAUGCAAAUUACAUGUGUAAAGAUCUCAAUGCGGUAACACAAGUAUAAUAUUGGUAGUAAAGAUGAACAAUCGAAUUAUAUUAAUUUUAUAGUUAUAACAAAUUAUAUUGGAAUUGCUUUAAAAUAAUUUACAUAAUACACAUAUUAAUUUUAUUUUGUCAAUACUCCUUAAAAUAAUCUUUUAUAUUGUACGAAUAUUUACUUUUAGACGUUUAUACACGAGUAUUAUCCUAAUAUUCAUCAUAGUUGUUAAGUACAAUUAUUAUUGUGUCGCGGCGGUGGCGUUGGCAAUAUCGAAUAAAUACAUUUUAUUUGCUCAAAUAUCAACAUUAUCAGAAUACAAAAUAAAAUCAAAAGUGUUGGAAACCCUUUUAAAUCGAUCAUCAAACUUGAUUGAUACCCCAUUAUUGAAGUGUCUUUCCACACAUAUCGUCGCGGAAUAGCUGAUAAAAAAAACAUUUAUGACCAAAUAAUAAAAGUUCGAGCAAUAGCCGAGGACGAGACGCGUCUUACAGUUACACUCUGAAGCUAGGAACAUACUACGCGGACGUCCGUGUUAAAUCGACCGCGGACGGGAAUCUGGACAAUGAAAUUACAUAUAACCGUGCAAACUAUCGGUCGACGGACGUGGACGUGGCCUUGAGCGCA